GAGCACUGGAAGAUUGCUUCGAAUAGGUUUGAACUCAUCACGUGGUUCGUGUCGGGCUGAAGAAAUCACAAUUAAACCUUGUGAUAAUCUGCAUACAAACAAGCAUCUCAAAUAUAUUCACCACAAAUAAAUACCUUUAGUACAGCCACACGCAUAAUUAAAAUAAAAAGUUGUCUUCAUAAUACAAAGUCAAGAAUAAUGUCCUCCUUAUGGCGCCGAAUACUCCCCCAACGCGUGGCCAACACCGGCUCCCAAUUACGCGACCACCAAGCCAACGAGCGCACCUUUCUCUCCUGGACCCGCAUGGGCCUGGGCUUCGCAGCUAUGGCUCUCGCCCUCGGCCGUCUGGAUGCAGUCGACCGCAUGCUGUCCUCCGCCCUGUCCAGCAGCAAACUGAACCUAGUCGUUGGGUCGGACAACAGCACAGCCACGAUCGCAGCCACUCCUGCGCAGCCAGGCGGUACCAGCCACAGCAACAGCCAAGAACAUUCAGGCAGUUUAUUAUUUUUCGACCACAACGGCGGAUUUUCUGCUACGACUCUCUGUCAAGCCAUUAGUGUCUGGUCGUUCGGGUAUGGUAUUUUUCGAUAUCUGUCGGUCCGCAAGAGCUUGCUCAAGGGACAGUUCACACCAGCCAUCUGGGGGCCUGUGCUUAUGACGUCUGGAUGUUUGGGGGUGUUUGGGACUAUGGGCAUGUGGGUUGAACAGAAGAAUGCGGCAAGGAGGUCGAAACGUGAUUCGUGAUCGUUAGUGGCAUACGGAACUAUCUGUGCGUCAUGGAAUGACGGUUUGUAUAUAGUAUUGAAUUCGGAUGACCUGGCGGUCCUGGGAGCACCGGUUACAACCAACUAGAGAUAGAUAUACAUCCUCUGAGAAAGAUUCGUGUGAAUGAGGAAAGUCGGACAUAUAAUGAUAGACUGUACAGUAACAAUGAGUCACCUCUCCGAAAGCGAUCAUGUUGUCGGUG